AUGAGUGCUGACUCCCGUCGGCACCGCUCCCGAAAACGUGGUCGAAUAAAAGGUAAGCGGUCGAGAAGCGCAGCCAGAAAGCGCCAGCGCCGCAGCCACCACCUGCCGGAGCUAACUCCGCCAGCCCCAGAUAUCGACGGUGUCGAGGUAAAUAACCUCAACAAGCGCUCUGACGAAGCCUAUAAUGUCAGAUUAUUUGGCAGUGAUUUUUUUGAGCUGUUUUAUAGGCUCAAUUUGGGCCGACUGGAGCCACUGGAAACUCCAGAGAUUGUUGAUACUGACGAAUCAGUGGAGUUUACCGAACCGGAGGAAAUACCCCAAUAUGAGGACCAAAUUGACGAGACUUCGAUUUCGUCUGAACCUGAGAUCAUGAUCCUGUAUGCGAAGGAGACGUUGGUUGAUCCUGACUCUGAUUUAUCCGACCUCGACAACUCUAUGGAUUCUCAGGAAAUUGAGGAGUAUUGGGACGACUCUGACGACGCCAAUGGGCACGUGGAUAAACAUGGAACCGAGCCAUAUCCAGAAACGGACGAGACUGUUGAUACCGAUGAGUUUUUCGAAGCAGAAGACACCACCGGCUAUGUGGACGAAAAUGAAACUGACCGAUACCUUGAACCUAAUGAAAUAGUUGAUGACGAAGACUAUGUUGACGCUGAGGAGGCAACGAGCUACGUGGACGCAGUUGACGACGAUUACGACUACGUUGAUAAACCUGAGGAUACCAAUGGAUUUAGGAACGGAACAGAGUACGUGGACGCAAAUGGAGCUGAAACUCACCAGGAAGACCUUGCCGUUACUGAGAGGUACGCUCUCACUGAGGACGCCAAUGGCUAUGUUGUCAACCACGACCACGUUGAUGAAUCUGAUGAUGUCAACGGGUAUGUUGAUGGAACGGUGGAUAAUAAGGAGUAUUCGAACGCAGACGGCGUUGAGCUUUAUCAUGAAAUCGAGGAAGUUGUUAACAGCGAGGAACAUCUUGGAACUAAAGAAAUAGUCGACAAUGAGAGAUAUCGAGAAAUUGAUGAAUUUGUCGACCCUGAUCACUUUGAUGAAGUCGAAGACGUAACCGGCUAUGAACACGAAACUUACAAUCGAACCCAAACCCACAAUGCCAAUGGUUACGUGAAUGGAACCGACCGUACAACUAACUCUGAAACCGAGAAUAUCGUCGAUACUGAGGACUAUUUCGACGCUGAAGAUGCGAGCGGCCAUGUCGUUGAAAACAAUCACGCUGAUGAGCUCGAGGAUAGCGGGUUCAUGGAUGGAAAUGUGAACGUCACUGGCCACGAGAAAGUUGCCGCAGUUGAGGAAGAUGCUGUUCCACAAUCGCCCCUUUAUGGUGGUCUUUUUGUUGACCUGGAUUACUCAUCAGAUCCCUUUGAGGAUAGUUACAACGAUGAGACCUCCGAUCCAAUGUAUCAACCUUUGCCAACUCCCCCUCGUGAAGAUAACGAAUGUCUUUCUGACAACGCAGAGGAGCCCAGCGUACUUGUUGUGGACAUAUCGCUGGAUGACGAUGCCGAUGUCGAGCCAAACAAGUCUGACGCUGUCACCCAGCCUCCAAAAGUGAAUGUUUUCAAACACGCUGAAUCCGGCCUUGUCGUUUGUGCCGAGGGUCAUAUUCCUACCGUGGUUCUAGCAAGCCAGAUAUCAGACCACUUUUGUUACCGACAUAGCAGAAAGGUGUGUUCUGACGAGACUCGUCGACGGCUUCGGGAAGAAUUACUGAAAGGUACCGCCACCAAUAUCCCUCUCAACAUUCUGACGCCGCUUCCGGGUAUCCCCAUUCUCCAGAAGCCGUUUUGCCAUCGAUGUCGCAUAGUUUCAGAGAAGAUUUGGACUCACGAGAUCAAGCAGCCCGAGUGUGUGGGCAGCAAACGUGAUUUGGUGAGGGCCCAGCGAUGUUCUUUAGGCAAAUGGGUCAUCGUGGGGUCCGUACCCGAGGACACUAAUCCGCAGCAGCUGGCGUUGACUGAUAUCACGGUGAAUAUCACUAAGCACGGUGAGACGGGUCUACUUGUGUGCGCCGAGGGCCAUAAACCAAUGGUAGUGCUCCCACACCAAAUCAGUCAGCACAUGCUGACACGUCACUCAGAUAAUAACACCGCGAUUCGUGCGAAAGUUUUACAGGUUCUCAACACCGGUACAGUGACCAAAGUCCCUCCCAAUAUCCAAACCAAGUUCCCUGCCAUCCCUGUGGUUACCGCGUAUUAUUGUCUACAUUGUAAAAAGGUCACUACGCAAAAAGGGCACGCCACCACUGACAGAUGUAUUAUUGUGCAAGUUAAGUGCCAAAUCUACGCACAGAAACGAGGUGUGGUCAUUGGACAGCUACCACAAACACAUGACGUCAAUGGAGACACUAGCUCUGUGGCAGUUGAGUUGAAAAUCAAGAAACACCAGGAGACGGGGUUACUUGUGUGCGCCGAAAACCAUAAGCCAACAGUGGUGCUCCCACACCGAGUUCAUUCGCACAUCAAACACAAUCACACCGGCGAGCGUAGUUGGUCGGCAAAGUUGCAAGCCGAGAUCACUAAGCUUCUCAGCACUUGUACGGUCAGCGCGGUUCCUUCUAGUAUCCAAACCCCAUUACCUUUGAUCCCUGUUGUUCAGGGAAAGUACUGCCUGGGGUGUUGCCGUGUCUUUGAGAAAGACUUUACCCAUAACGGGGAAGAUAGGUGUGGCGACAACAACCAAGUACCCGUCGUCUGCCAAUUUUAUCAGCGUGGCAAGGCGGUGAUUAUUGGGUCCACGCCAAACGACCCUGACGGUAACAGUGACGACAUCGCGGAAAAUACAGUGCCUACGGGUGGGUCUAUUCUGAACAAACCUAAUGAUAACAUGGAUGACGCUAUGGUUAACAGUGCAUCGACAAUCAUCAGUCACGACCGCGACGAGGAUGAAGAGAAUGCACCACAAUUGGACAUAUUCACUCACCCAGAGACCGGAUUAUGUGUCUGUGCACACGGUCACAAACCGGUGGUUGUCCUUCCCAGCUACGUGCGUAAACAUCUCCUGCGGAGACACAUUGGCGCCUCCGAAAGUUUGCUUGCGCGAAUUCGCCGUCGGAUCCGCGAGUCCCCUGCCACCGAAGUCCCCCCUAACAUUCAGACGAGGCUCCCCGCUAUCCCUGUGGUCACUGCGAAUUAUUGUAUCCACUGCAAGCGGACCUACAUGAACAAGAAGAAUCACAGUGAAACAGCAGAUUGCGUUUCUACUCGUGUUCAAUGUCAGUACCAUAACAGAUAUCAUACCGUGAUCAUCGGACGAAUUCCAGAUCGAUCUGAUGUCCGCGAAGUCAUGGAUGAGGAUCCGGUAGACAGCGACUUGGAUCUUUCUGACAGCGCGAGGGAGCUUUUCAGUCCCGAAAACUCUGACAGCGAGCCCAUUGGCGUGAGGAAUCCUAACGUGCCCACAUCUGAUCUAGAGACUUUCGGCAGAGAGCUUCCUAGUUCCGAGAACACCUACCUACAGCGCUCAGGUCCAGAACUGACCCAGAUUGAAGCGGGCAUAAACAUCAUGAAGCACACCGAAACCGGCCUAUUUAUUUGUGCUCACGAUCACGACCCAAUGGUGGUACUUCCUUACCAGAUCAGCAACCACAUCAAUAGUCGGCAUUCUGGCAAGCAGGGCGGCUCCAGAGAGCUACGGUCCAAGAUUCGUGGUAUUCUUCAGCGUUGCGCAGUCAAUGGGAUCCCUGCAAAUAUCCGAACCAGGCUCCCUGCUAUACCCAUAUCCAGUGGGGAGUAUUGUUUUGGGUGUUGCGAGGUCAAUGGGGAUUGGUCUCACGAUGACAGCAAAGCCUGUAAAAACAACCGGCGAGUGCAAGUCGACUGUCAAAUUUGCUACCCGAAAAAAGCCGUCGUUGUGGGACCAUUGCCAGAAAUCCCUCGUGAUCGCCGAUUAGGUGGCCAUUGA